UCACACAGAUUGGGAGCCAGAAGAAAUUGGCCCUAGAAAUUACCUCGAUAUAAAGAAACACACCGGAGAUCACAUUCCAUCCAAUUACAUAGUUCCCAUUUACCCUCACAUCACACGCUGCCACCAGAGACACACACACAAACUUCCAUGGCUUUUGCUGGACAUAUCUGGGCCUCGAUCCUUCCUCCACGACCCCACUUGGCCCUUCCCCUCCUCCCUCCCCUUGGACUUUGCCCUUCUCGCUGGCCAGGCAGGGGGGCCAGAGUCCGGGCUUGACUCAUACCCCACCUCGCUGGGGCUGAGAUCCCAGCUCCGUAACAGAAAACACCACCACUUCAGCUCCAACCCCGCGGAGAACCACCCAGCCCAGAACUCCCGGGAGAGGCAACUCUCCUGCUCCUUCCCUCCACCAUGGAGUACCUCUCUGCCCUGGACCCCAGCGGCCUGCUCAGGUCAGUAUCCAGUAUGAGCGCCGAUUUGGGCCGUAAGGUCUGGACCUCGGCUCCACCACCCCGGCGACCUUUCCGUGUCUGUGAUCACAAGCGGGCCACCCGGAAAGGCCUGACAGCUGCCACCCGCCGGGAACUGCUAAACAAGGCACUGGAGACUCUGAUGCUGAGUGGGGUGCUAACACUGGUGCUGGAGGAGGAUGGGACCACAGUGGACAGCGAGGACUUCUUCCAGCUGUUGGAGGAUGACACAUGCCUGAUGGUGCUGGAGUUGGGACAGAGCUGGAGCCCCAGCAGGGGUGGGGUGCUGUCGUAUGGCCUGGGCCGGGAGAAGCCCAAGCACAGCAAGGACAUCGCCCGCAUCACCUUCGAUGUGUACAAGCAAAACCCUCGAGACCUCUUUGGCAGCCUGAACAUCAAAGCCACGUUCUACGGGCUCUACUCCAUGAGCUGUGACAUUCAAGGACUCGGCCCAAAGAAAAUACUCAGGGAGCUCCUCCGAUGGGCCUCCGCACUGCUGCAAGGCCUGGGCCACAUGCUGCUGGGAAUUUCCUCCACCCUUCGUCAUGCAGUGGAAGGGACUGAGCGGUGGCAGCGGCAGGGUCGCCUCCAACCCUACUGAGAAGGGGCUCUGAGCUUCUGCCCCUAGACUCAUUCCAAGAGACAGACUGUAAGGACUGUGACAGCGUCAAGUUUGGGGCCUACACACAGUGCAGGCUCACUAACUCGCCUGUUUUCCCCAGUCUUCUGAUCCCAUAGUGACAGGCCCAUCAGCCUAACGCCUUCCACCCCAGCCUAUACCCAUUGCUGAAGAAUACUAUCCAUUCCUAGCCAUCUUUCCAGCCUCCCACUUACCCUGAAAGGCCACAGCCUGUCCACAGGCAUCUGGAUCCCACCCUGAUUGCUGCUACAUCUAGAGGUCCUUACCACUCCCUCCCUGUCCCUAAGCUCCCCAGUGCCCUGAAGAGAGCCCUCUCUAACUUUACCUUGAGAUCUCUAUUUCUUUGUACCCUUCCCCCCCAAAAUAACAAAGGUGUUUCCAGUAAAAAUAUA